AGUAUAUGUUGAUAUCUGUCACUAUCAGUGCUUUUAUAAGGUUAGCUUAUUUGUUCAACCGCGGAAGUCAGCGGAAUCCCUGCGUUUUACGAGAGCCGCGACGAGGAUGACGUCCUGUUUCGAGAAUAUGCAGGUGCCGUCCUGCGUCUGGUUUGAAGGCGGCGAGAAGAGAAACGCGCUCGUCUCGAUGCUUGCGGGCACACUGUUUUUCGUAGGAUGGUGGUUUAUAAUAGACGCGCAUGCGAAAUAUCCUGAUGAAAUGUCAAAUGCAUAUCAUGUUUGUGGAGUAUUCGGUACUGUAUCACUCUUCAUGGUUAAUUCAGUGACAAAUGCACAGAUAAGAGGAGAAGCUUACAACGGCGGUUGUUUAGGAGCAAGAGGUGCUCGAAGUUGGCUGUUUAUUGGGUUCGUCAUGGGAUUUGCAGCGGUAAUAGCAGCCUGUUGGAUCUUGUUUGCCAACUUUGUAGCAGCAGGUAGCGCGCCACAUCAUUGGCCAGGAGUAGGGUUGUUCUUGCAGAAUAUAUUCAUUUUCCUGGGCUCGCUCACAUAUAAAUUCGGUCGAUCCGAGGAUCAAUGGGGUUAAAUAAAUGUGUAUGCUGUUGGUGUAAAAUAUUUUUAUUGCCGCAUAGUCAAAUUGGCAAGCAAAGCUCAGCUGCAGAAACUCACAACAUCAACAUUCGAGUGUGAAAUUAAAUUCGAUUGCAACAAAUUAUUGUAAACAUUUCCUUAUACAUGUAACAAUUUUUAUUUAUAUCUCUCAGAACAGUGAAAAUAGAUAGCAAU